AGAUUGAAUACAGGUCUGCGAUUCCCAGUGGAAGCGGAAUUUUCUGAGACGUCCUGCAGUUGUCCCUUUCGUAAGUUCCUCAAUCUGUUUCCACUUUGAUAAGAAACAGAACAAUCACUUUGAAGCUGCGCUAUCACCUUUCCUUUCCCCAUUACUUUCAUCUAGAAACGAUAUCAAAUGAUGGAAGUGGGCAGCAGGAGCGGCAUCAUCGUGUUUCGGCGCGGCAACAGGCUAGUUGCUACUUCCCUGUGGUCCGCGCUCGUAACAGUUCAUGUCGCCGCUCUGAGCUUCGAGAAGGUGAUGAAGCACAAACAGCGCACGAUCUUAAAGACCACGGAAGCGGGGCGGUCGGCUGGGAAGAAUUUGAACCCGAAACUGCAUCGCGGCCGGGCCUCCGUGGAGGAUGGUGGUGUUCCUGAAAACUUCGUGAACGAGACGUCCGCUUUCGUGCAAGUUGGUCUUAAGAGGAGCUGCGGCGCUAUGUGCGGCGAUUCGGAGGAGGCGCUCAACGACGGCACUCUUGCAACGUCGCAGCUCGGGGGGCCGGCCUGGUUUCUGGAGAACGAGGCUAUGAUUCUGGAUCCAGCGGGGCUGGGCAGCAACGGAGACGGUUGCGCUUUCACGUUCAUGAGCUGCCAGAACGAACGGUGCUGUGCCUCCGCGCUGGACGCGUGCGUUGUCGUUUUCGAUGCGUAUUUUGCGAUGUGCGUCCCUCACAAAGACGCGACCUACGCGUGGGUCUUCGACAAGGACACAAACCCGGCGUAUCGCCAACUGUUCAAGAGCGACGGCGACAUCCCUCCGACGAUUUCGGAAAACACGUGCACGGACGGCUUUUUCGCCAAGGACUGCGACCAAACGCAGAACCGGUGCUGCCUGGAGAACGCCGGAGUCUACUGCUACCAGGCCGACGCAGCAGCCAAUCUUCCCUUCACCGCGAUGUGCCGUCCCGCCUGCGGACAGGACAACUUCCCCUGCGCUGGAUGUGUGAGCCCGGAGUGUGGUACCUCUGGCGCUCCAACUCCCGCACCCGAAGGUCCGGGGCCCUCGCCGCCCUCGCCAAAUCCUUCACCAUCCGGAGGUGGUACUGGCACCGGUUCCUCAGAAGCCGCAGACUGUGCUGACGACAAAAGCGGGGAAAGUUGUCUCGAGAAAAGCUGCUGCGCAGGACUGACGUGCCACAAAAAAAAUGAGUAUUGGAGUGCUUGCAGUGCGGCCACCAACUGCUGCACCUUCGUCCAGCAAAUUGGGGAAGACGUGAAUGACUGGGAGUGCUGUACUCCUGAGCUGCUGGAACAAGCCAAUUUAGCUGGUGCUGGUGCGGUCGAGGAAGUUCAAUGCGGCAGCAAUUCCACCGCAUCCCCCUGGCCGAUGGAGGCAUCGAGCGGUACGGAGUUUCGUCUGCAAGUCGGCCAGGACCCAUUUGCCACGAGUACACUACCGAGCGUGCUGACACAUCCGGGAACUGACACGUACGGGCACAUCGACAAACUGGUUUGGGACCAGAAGUUUGGUCUUUCUCAUUACUGGGAUUGCUGUACCAUGCCUGGGUGUGCAAAAAUUGGCGAUGGCCACCUGAAAGUUGCGAAUCCGAGCUUCGCACCGUAUGCCCCAACCGACGCGGAAAAAAGCGCCUACGGGGAAAAGCUGUGGGUUACCGCAGCUGCCUCGGAUUUCUUGCGACAACUGGAAAUCGAGGACCUCGAUCCGGCUCGGCAUCCGGACCCCCGCCCGUACUGCUUCAUGGUGCGCUACCGCGACUCGCUCGGGGGCGAAGACUUCAACGUGAUGGUGCGGGUGACCAACAGUUGUCAGGGAGAUGCAAACCCGCUCUUUAUCACAUUGGAAAGUAGAGUUGUCUCGAACCCAGAACAAGAUAGAAGCAAAGGUUUUCCAUGCGAAGCUUCGCCGGUGAAUCUUGAAUGUUCAUCUUGCAUGUAGCAGCACAUGCAGGCUGAGUAGUCUUCAAUUGUUCAGAGGAGCAUAGAAUUGAAGUAGAAAUGCGUGGCGUAGAUGUAGAAGCCGUAGACAGAGGAGCAGAAGGUGCAGGAUUUGCAAUGUAACAGGUUUCGUGCGCGUUUGGGCUCUGAACAGAAAACAAGUUUGCAUUUGGAACGUCCACCUUUGCGAUGCUAAAAAUGCUGAAGUUUGUCAAGUACGACUUUGGGUCCGGGGCGCUUUCUAGUUGCAUACUGUGCAAAGCGCCGUACCGGCACCUGGACAUUGCAGCGCCGGGCUUCGAUACUGAGGCAGCCAGUUCAGCUCGUUAUGAGUACGGGUGCGAGUGCAAGCAGAAACUGAACCCCUUUCAGAAAGGGUAUUUCGACUCCGAGGAUCAGUCGCUGAGCGAGCAAGAGCGCAUCAAACUCGCGUUCAAGAUGAUGACCAUUCAAGAUUUGGCGUUGUACGGCUACGUCAAAGACGGCGAAAUCAAGGACACUGCCAAAGAAAUCUGCGAGGAGCUGAGCAGCAGAAAGCACAAUGACAUGCCAAGCGGUGCCUCGUUUCAGGCUGGGUGCCUGAACUUCCUGAACUGGGGCUGGCCCAACACAGGACCCGGAAACAAUGCUUGGAAGAAUGACCCGGGCGAGGGCGACUGGAGAGACUAAGGAUCAAAAAUCAGCCACCUCAGAAGGUCCGUGAUUGUUGUAAUAUGGUAGUGCACUGAGAAAAUAUAAAUAAAGUUUCAGACUGUUUUUGUUUCUGUCCAUAGAAAUCAUGGGACAUGCUUUGCGUCUCUCGCGCAAAAAAGGGAAGCAAGCUUUAGCAGAGCCCGAUGCUGUUCUUUCGCAUUGGAUGUUCAGAAACAGUGAUAUUCAAGACUUGCUAUGCACUGACGACCAUGAUGAUCACGGUACCUGGAGGUGACUGACAAUUCCUUCUGCAUACGCGCGAGCCCAAUGACGACUGUACAGCGACACCGACCUGGAACAACCCGUAUGCCGAAGGCGCGGUCCUUUUCGACUGGGAUGGCAAGUGCACUCCCGAGUUUGAACGGCGACUCGCUUGUGAUACGCUGAAAGAGCCGACGAACUACGAUGACGUCGACCAGCAAGUCUGGGAGAUUAUCGCGUGCAAACAUGUAUGUCAAGGUCAGGGAAAAACAAACAAAAAGAACAAAAACGAAAAACUGCAUGUAAAUGAUUGCAAUUGUAGUUUUGUCACGGUUUGCCGUUCCUUCUUGCGUGCGCAAGCAGCCUCUUCGUUUGUUGAUUAUAUCCAUGUCUCGACAAUAUUUGAAACAAAGACACCGUAGAUACUGCGCGAUCUUGGAUUCUUUAUAUUGAUGUAUCUUUGACCGAAAAGACAGUGCCACCCAACAACAACAGGAGUGCUUUCUCACCAGAUACAGUUCUGAAUGUGCUCAGGACUACUCUCUAGUGCGUUAGUUUGCUGGGAGUGGGAAGUCAACAAGCCCAUGUAUUCGUUGCAUAUGCUUCCCCAGAUACGACCCUGACUAGAUUUUUGCAUUGCAUAGCGUCUUCGUCUCUGCCGUUUUAGCUCGGGCACGUCGGAAGCGGUAACGACCAAAAUGGUCUGGGGGGACGAGGCUUUAUGACUUUGUGCGUUUCAAUCGAUGCGAACCAAGAUGAGAAUGACAUCGAUUGGCUUCUGGACUUGUUGGUUCAGUUUUUCUAGUUUUCAUAUUUUCUAUACCUACCUACCUUUUUCUAACAAACCACAUACAUCUGAAAGUUGUUCAUUCAUUUUGUGCAUUGAUCGAUACCUUUAGCUACCCCAAGUGAAAGUGCCAUAUCUGCCGAAAUACAAGAAGUAUCAAGAUAAGGUUAAAGAAAAAGACGUUUCAUCAAGUACUUGGAGUGUUUAGCGUUUCCCUCAUCAUUCAGUAUUUGGCCUGCACCUUUUGUUUGAUGUCGAUCCCCAUCAAGCAGUGGACCGCUAAUAAUUGCCUCGACACCCCAAGUCGCUCCGAAUCCAACUGCGUUGAAAGCCUCUGUGCUUUUACACAUGGAAUCAAAUACACGCGAGUAAAUGAUUAAGUACAUACAUGUCUGUUGUGUUUUUCGCCUGUUCUCUACUGCAUUUACACUUCGUUUUCACCGUCGUUGACAGCAUCGAAGGGCCUUAUUCAGCAGCUCGGCGCGGUCAGAUCGCCACUGCUGCGGCCUGUUGUCAUUGUCGAACUUAUACUCGUCUCGAGAGAUUUCGAAAAUCGUAUUUGGCUGCCAGAGGAGAGUGAAUCGAAUCGUGCUUGAAGACAGUCGAGAGUCGAACUGUCCCUGAAUCCAAGGUAAAACAACAUGAUGGUGGAAACGGAAAUCCAUCGAAUAAAAUUCGUGCGUUUCGUGACAAGUAUGGAUGAUGUCGGACGAGCACGCCCACAGGAGAAAAGAAAAA